AUGGAUGCGAGCGAGGACCCGCAAGUCCGAACAGCGGACCAAGCUGGAAGCGAGAAGCACGAGACAAGAGAAAUGGGUGGCGUGAACACGGAUGAUUUCUCACAGGCCGAGACUAUGGCCGCGAUUGAGGCAUCGAGAAUAGACGCCGAACCAUCUUCAUCAGCUGAACAACCUCCGUCAAACGCCGAAAAGGGCCACCGGGAAGACGCGAAUAUUUCCAAGAAACGCGUCAAGACUUCAACAGGCGGGCCCUACCCUGAGAGGGACAACACCGACCGCAAUGGUUCCGCAGAAGUGCAUGGGGACAAUGACACAGUCAUGGCCGACGUCACGCUGCCCUCAGAUUCAGAAGCUGCGUCUGGUCUCAGCUCGUCCAGCUUGCAUCAGACCCGCAAACGAGGAGUGCCGACACAAAACAAGGACGAGCCUGCACCUUGGUCGUCAGCUGCAGAGCAAGCACCCGAGGACAGCUCGGCACAAGACCCUGAUACCGCCGUUGCUGACUCGGGAAAGGGCAAGCGUGACGGAAGCGCGGCUGCCAUGACGGAAGCGCGACGUCGAUCUGGCCGGCGCUCGACUCGCAAGACGUACCAAGAGGAAAGCAGCGACGCCGAAUUCGAGCUGGGACCUGCGCCUCAGUCAAGUGGCAAGAUGCCUCCCACCCCUCGCGGCGGAAAUAGCCGCAUCUGGAAGCCUGAUUACCUUCUGCAGGACCCGAAAUCGAAACUGGCUCAAGCCGACAUCUCAGCCAUUCUCAAAGAUCCUCGCGCCUGGACCUCACUCAGCCCGGCACAGCAGUCUCGGAUCAUCUCCCUCAUGCCCGACGCGCCUACUUUGGCCCCCGAUCCUGCCGACCCUACGGCUUCACUCCCAAACAUACCCCAGCAGAUGCUCUCGUGCAAUGAUGCCUUUCGUGCCGACAUUUCAAUGUUCCAGUUUGACCUGAGCGAAGGCCGCCUCGAGCCCGAGUGGCAGCAUGACGGCCUCGUGGCUAUGGAGAGACGUGCCCGUGGAGAGUUUGAUGGAUGGAAAGAGAAGGAAGUCGAGGCGUUUUGGGGCCAGAAGCAGAAGCUAAGCUACGAUGUCCUCGCGGGUGAGAGCAGCAAGGUCAAGCUCGAGACGCUGAUCGCCGCCGGCUGCUGGGAGGUGGGCGAUGUUUGGGUUUACACUCGCGGCUUCGGCAGGGGCAAGCAUGCGGUCAAGAUCGAGAAGGAGGCGACGAUCACAUCCAUCACCGAGGACAACCGCCUCGUAUUCCGGAUGCCAGAUGGACAACGCAAGUUCAGCUCACCAACGGCCGGGGAAGAUGUCGAAACGGAACCGCUGGAUGGACUGCAGCCGUUCGCUGAUAAGGUGAUCAAGACAGACGGCCGUAUUGGCAGCUGGCGCCCGGUGAACGCAUGGAAGGAAAUAAGAUGCUUUCGCAAGAACCAAGAUAUCGGUUCGCCGUGGGAAAUUCGCGAAAUAUACUGGGCGAGACAGCAGGUUGAUUAA